AAACCGGUGAGCUCGGAUGCUGUAGCUGCUCGCCCGCACUGCAGAUUAACUCCUUCCGCGCCGGGAGAAGCUGCGAGACGCGGAUCAGCGAUACCUUCUCCUUAACGAAGCUCAUGUAUCGACUCCUCAGCCUUCAGCCACUCUGUCCUGGACGAACAAGAACACCUCCUAAACUCAGCUCAUUCCUCAACCUGCCACACACAGAGCUUUUGGACUGAGACCAGUCUCAGAGAUGCAAACAGGCCGGGCUCGGAGAAACGAGGACUUCUAAACGCCGUGUCUGCUGAGCUGCAGGAGAAGCCCUCAGAGCUCUGCGACCCACUACUGUCUCCCGUAUGUAGAGCGGGGCUGCGUCUGGCCACGCCUUCCUGCUUGCAUGUCGGCUCCACGCUGUUCUGAUGAGAAUCUGACCCCAGCAGGGAGAGUCCUGUCUCGCCUCUGUCCCAGCGGGGGGUUGUAGAGUCCACCCCUUUGUGUUCCGCAUGCAGAACAUCCUCGACCAGAACUUAGACAUGGCCACGGCACUGCUCGCGGGCGAGAAGCUGAAGGAGCUCAUCUUGCCGGGCUCCUCUCAGGACGAGAAGGGAGGGGCCCUGGCCGGCCUGAUGGUGCAGCUGAAACUGGAGCUGCCCUUCGACCGCGUGGUCACUAUCGGGACAGUCAUCAUCCCCAUCCUGCUGGUCACCCUCGUCUUCACAAGGAACUUUGCAGAGGAAUCUAUCUACUGUUACACACCACACAACUUCACCCGAGACCAGGCACUGUAUGCGAGAGGCUACUGCUGGACGGAGCUUCGCGAUGCUAUCCCUGGCGUGGAGCCUCACCUUUGGCCUUCUCUGUUUGAGCACAAGUUCCUUCCCUAYGCCCUGCUGGCGUUCGCUGGAAUCAUGUACAUCCCCGCUUUGGGCUGGGAGUUCCUCGCCUCCACGCGGCUCACCUCGGAGCUCAAUUUCCUGCUUCAAGAGAUAGAUAACUGCUAUCACCGAGCUGCGGAGGGCCGGGCCCCUAAGAUCGAGAAGCAGAUCCAGUCUAAAGGGCCUGGCAUAACUGAGCGGGAGAGGAGGGAGAUCAUAGAAAAUGCAGAGAAAGAGAAGAGCCCUGAGCAGAAUCUGUUUGAGAAGUACCUGGAGAGGCGGGGCCAAAGUAACUUUUUGGCUAAGAUUUACCUGGCUCGGCAUAUGGCUAUCAUCUGCCUCAGUUCUAUCCCCAUUUCCUACCUGAGCGCCUACUACGCCCGCCAGAGGCAGAACGAGUUCACCUGUGCGCUGGGCGAGCCCCCAGACAUUAGCAGCUAUCUGGAGCUGAAACUCAGGGUCAACUGUAAGCUUCCCGCCGUGCAGCUGCAGCGCAUCAUGGCCGCAGUGGACAUAGCUCUGCUCUGCACCAUGAACUUCAUCAUCCUGCUCAACAUGCUGCAUCUGUUCGUGGUGCGCAAGUCCAACUUUGUGUUCGACAAGCUGAAUAAAGUCGGGAUCAAAACGCGCAGGCGCUGGCAGAAGUCCCCGUUCUGCGACAUCAACAUCCUGGCUAUGUUCUGCAACGAGAACAGGGAUCACAUCAAGUCUCUGAACCGGCUGGACUUCAUCACCAACGAGAGCGACCUCAUGUACGAUAACGUGGUCAGGCAGCUGCUGGCUGCGCUCGCACAGUCCAACCACGAUGCCACGCCCACUGUGAGGGAGUCUGGGAUACAAACAAUCGAUCCCAACUUAGAUCCUUCUGAUCUCGCAGUGGGAGAGAUGGCCGGGGAGCCGCUGGUUAUCAAAAGGCCUCGGAAGAAGAUGAAAUGGAUACCGACGUCAAACCCUCUUCCUCAGUCAUUUAAGGAACCACUUACCCUGACACGUCUGGAAAACAACACCAAGCCUGAAAAACCCAAACCGCUGAGACGCAAAACUGUGGCAGACAGCCUUAUAGCACCACUUUUGGAUAGCAAAAGCACACAACACCCUGCCACAAAAGACUCAGGUACGAUGGAGAAAAAGCACGCGCGAAACUUCUCCCUGGACGUUCACCCGUAUAUGUUGACAAAUCGUAAACCCAAGGUGGAGGCUGUAAUCACAGAACCUAUAACAUCAGAGCACAACAUGGAUACAGUUUACCUUGAAGGCACACACACUAUUGUUCACGUGUCUUGUCCAAUAACAGAGGCAAAGAUUUGCUCUCCGGAGUCAACCAACACUGCCUUUUCUACACUGCCCACCACCACAUAUGUGAACGGAGUGAGCCCAAACCCUCCCUCUAGUGAGGAUCCACUCAGUCCCAAGUCCUCCCCUCAUCAAAUGGAGCCCCUCACCCAAACAGAAAACCCAGCGCCUCAGCCACCACCCCUGACCAAAGCCCCCACACACCAGCUGCUCAGCAUUCAUCACACUCUUUUUGAAGAAGAAGAGGAUGCAGAAAACAGGAGGGCCAGGCUGACGGAAAGACCUGGGGAGCUCAUUGCUGCUGGAGAAUGUUAAAGAAGACCUGGACUCUACAAUCACGACUGCAAUGUCAAUCAAACCCCACAAAACAGUCUCUUCCCCCUUCGUAAUAACUCGCACACUUCUUUUAUUAUGGGUUAGGCUGACUGACAGGCGGAAAUCCAACAGUAAGAAAAAAGAAUGAACAAUGGUUGGAAAAAAACAACAACUUUCAUAACAGAAAAUGUAUAAGGUGUGUUAUUUGCUAGUUCUGACCAAUGUAUUUCUGUAGGAAAUGAUGUCUCGUUCACGUCUCAGGAUGGCUGUGUGUGUGGCUUGUUUAGCUGAUCACGCACCAAUGAAACCAGCAGUGAUUUAAUUCAACAGGGUGCUACAGUGCAGGGUCAAACAGCUAYACAGGAAUGACAGGAGAAUAAUGAAUGAGAAUCAAAAAGUGGUAGACACCUUAUUUAUGCGUUAUUACAAGGAGGACCGCAUUCUGGCUUCAGACAAAAUGUWCUUUAAACACAUGAUAACGCUUUGUCCCUUUAUCCCACUAUAGCCAAGUAGAACGGUAGCUCAUGCAAUACAGUUGUUGAGAUCUGCACAGUUAUUAUGCAAAAGAUCACAAUAUAUUUGUGGCAAUAAUGUAUGCGCUUUGAACAUCAUUCUUCACUAAAUGCUUUACAUCUGUAGUCACUGUAUGUGGGAUAUUUAAAAUAUACARUUGUGUGGCUUUUCACUAUCAUUUCAUCAUUGCUAUGGAUACUUGACUAUAUGURCACCUGAUUAUUAAAAAGGCACAUUUAAUUGUGAGACAAGAAGGAGCUUCAACGCAGUUUGGAGAACGUCUCUAAGAGAACGAGAUGUUGAACUGUUCCUCAUUCAAGAGUUCAGUGAGAUGACUAAGCUUUUUGAUUAUGUCUUUCUGACACGCAAUCUACAGUUAUUUCUGUAAAMAAAAAUCACACGACACAAGUAGAAUUUUAGGGCUGAUAUUUGUAGAAAAACCAUCACAAUACUUAAAAUAUUACUUUUUAUGUAAAACAGUGCGAACAAGGGACUAGGUGAAAGAGUUUCUCCAAAUAAAUUUCUGCACAAGAUUACAGGAACUUCAAUAAAGGAAGUAUUUACUGACACGUCAACAUGACAUCUGUUAUGGAAAAUAUUAAUAGUGUUGUUACAGGAUACUUAGGUCUAAACAUACCUGAGUCAUUUUUACUUUGAGGGCAUUGAACACAGUGACAAAACAGCACUCUUUUCACUCCAACCAACUUCUAACGCUGCCUCAAAAUCCCCUUGUAAUAAUACUCAAGCACACUGAAUGCAUCCUCAAGCACUUUAAAACUAGUAGCACUAGUGAGUGUGUGAGCACGUUGCAACACAGCUCUGCCUAAAACUCAUUUUCUGUGUUGGUUUUCAUAUUAGAGCUGUUUAUUUUUUAUUUAAUUUUAUUUUUUUGAGGAAAACUCUGAUAGUCUGAAUGCUAGUGAACACUCUGAGUACAGACUUUGAUUGUAACCUGUGAACUGCUGUAGUACCAAUAAAUUAAACACGUUUUCUCUAYAAAACUAAA